AUGGGGCUGAGGCUGAACCCUGACUUGGGGCUUCCAGGCUGUAGGACCCUGGACAAAAAGCCUGUCCUCUGUAAGCUUCUUCCGAAAGGGGAUGGCAAGGUCACUGCAUUUGCCACCAGGAAGAGACUCAAGCGGGUGGACGGGGCUGUUGUGAAAAAAGCUCAUAGACUGAGCUGCCGGGCGCCGAGGGCUCUGCAGAGCAGAGCGACACAGCGGACCGUGCAUCUCCCGGAGACCACUCGGGCUGUGUUCUGGGGCCAAGGCCGGAGCGGAGGCCGCAGCAGCCCUUCGGCGGGACGCGAGGCGGUGGGCAAGCGCGACGGCGACAAGGGCUGGAAGGAGCCUGCAGGGCGGGGCCCCGACCCGGGUGGGCAGGGCCCCAAGCGGGCCGAGGUGAGCCCGCAGAGCUGUCUUCUGCAGGACGGGGACGUGCAGAGGCACCUCUACCUCCAGGAUGUGAUUACGCAGGUGGCUGCGGAGCCAGAGAGGCCCAGGGUGCCUGAGUUCACCUGUCAGGUGGCUGGCUGCUGCCAGGUGUUUGACGCCCUGGAGGACUAUGAGCACCACUACCACACUCUGCACGGAAACGUCUGCUCCUACUGUAAGCGGGCCUUCCCCUCUGGUCACCUGCUGGACACACACAUCCUGGAGUGGCACGACUCACUGUUCCAGAUCCUGGCCGAGCGGCAGGACAUGUACCAGUGCCUGGUGGAGGGCUGCACGGAGAAGUUCAGGAGCAGCAGAGACCGCAAGGAGCACCUGGUGGUGCAUCACCUCUACCCUGCAGACUUCCGCUUUGAUAAACCGAGGAAGGGCAGAGGCCCAGCCUCGCAGGUGUCGACAGAAGCCGUGGGGGAGGACCAGGCACCCUCGGAAGGAGAGGCCAUGGAAGUCUGCUCUGAGCACGCAGAGGCCCACCCAGGACCUCCAAGAGAGAGGCGGGUCUACGGCCACAGGAUACCAUCGACCAUCUGUUUCGGGCAGGGUGCCUCUCGAGGAUUUAAAAGCACCAAGAAGAAAAGCAAGCGCCUGUGACGGCGGAGCCCGCCCGUUGCCCUGCUCAUCCCAGGCCGUGAAUAGCCAGCUGACCGAGGCCGUGGGGGAUGCAUGGGAUCCGGGAAGGGAUCCCUUGUGGGUGACUGGAGUGCAGAGAGCAGCCAGCACCCCUCACAAUGCCCUUCGGAGACACGUGGGGUAAAUGGUUUUCCUUCAGUGCUGUGAAUAGUUUGAGACGUGUGGAGUAAAGGGUCUUCAUUCACAUGAAGUAAACGGUUGUCCUUCUGUGCUGGGUGACAGUGAGGAUUUCGUCCUCAGUGGCCACUUCUCAGAGGGGGCGAUGGGCUGACAGGUCCCCGGGGGCUCUUCCUAAUUUUGGGGGGAUGCCCGCGGCCCUCGUGCCUGCGCUCGGGGGAGACUUCGGCCUUGGGCGGGGCUGCAAGGCCUGUGGAGCCAGAGGGACGUGGCCGGGCAGGUGGCCGGUUUGGCCCCGGUUUGGCGGUGCAGGCCUGCCCCGCUGAGCCUGGGACCGGGGACCCACCGGCUGGCUGUCCUCUGGGGCCCGUCCCCUCAGGGGCCCGUUUGGCCCUUCUCGCUGGGCGCUUGGGCCUGGGGCCUGGCCCGGUCAGCGGGUGCUGGUCUGGCCCCUCUGCGCCCCGCAGAGCCCUGCGGCCCCGGCAGCGCUGUGCUCGCUCGUCAGCCCGAGGGUGGCUCGUCUCCUCCGUGCUUUGCCGUGGCUCCGCUGGUGCUUCCGGCAAAGGCGCUCAUCACCCUGCCUGCUCCACGGAGGGUGUUCUGAACCUGGGCUUUUCUCUCUUCAGUUGGCACCUCUGCCCCAUUCUCUGUUCCUGCUCCUCCUAAAGCCCCAGAAAAUGCAUCAGACGCCCUCGCUCCGCCUUCUAACAGCCCUUCCCUGUCUCCUGUCCCUUAUCUGUCUUUGCUACAUUCUGGGUAAUUGCUCAAGAUCCAUUUUUCAGUUCACUGAUUUCCUUAUCAGCUGCUAGCAGAUGUGUUGUUGAACUCAUUUACAGUGUUUAAUUUCCAGAGUUAUGAUUCUCAGUUCUUUUAAGCGCUGUGUUGUUUUUCUAACUUGCUGGACUUUUGUAGCUUUUGUUAAUCUUCUCUUCAACUCAUUCUUCUUAAACAUAUUGAACUUA